GAGGAAAUGGAGGCACAGAGAGGCUGAAUAUUUGCCCAAAGUCUAACAGCCAGUGAGAAGGACACUCAGGAUUUGAACCCAUGCCAUUUAGUUUCAGAGCCAGUGGUUUCAAUCAUCGGUCCUUGGUUGGGGGUGACUUUUGCCCCACAUGGGAUAUUUGGCAGGGUCUGCAGAUGUUCUUGGUUGACACUUCUGGACUGGGGGCGCCACUAGCAGGUACUAGGGAGAGCCAGGAAAGCUUCUAGAAAUUCCACAGUGCACAGAACAGCACCCACAGCAAAGCAGCAUGCCACCCACAGUGGCAUCAUGCUGGUCUGAACGCACAGAGCCCCUGGCAGAGUGCGACGCAUAGUAAGUGCUUAAAAACUAGCAGUUGAAGACGGGGAGCCGACGAUGGAGAAGGUUCCACAGGGAGAGAGUCCAUGGUGGAGGAUUCUCCAGAUCAAAGAGCAGGAGACAGCCGGAGGCUGAAGGGGGCCAUCCAGAGGAGCACGGAGACAGGCCUGGCAGUGGAGAUGCCCAGCCGGACCCUGCGCCAGGCCAGCCACGAGUCCAUCGAGGACAGCAUGAACAGCUACGGCUCGGAGGGCAACCUUAACUACGGGGGAGUUUGUCUGGCAUCGGAUGCCCAGUUCAGUGACUUCCUGGGCAGCAUGGGGCCAGCGCAGUUUGUGGGCCGCCAGACCCUGGCCACCACACCCAUGGGUGACGUGGAGAUCGGCUUACAGGAGCGGAAUGGUCAGCUGGAAGUGGACAUCAUCCAGGCUCGGGGACUGACAGCCAAACCAGGCUCCAAGACACUGCCAGCGGCCUACAUCAAGGCCUACCUGCUAGAGAACGGGGUCUGCAUCGCUAAGAAGAAGACCAAAGUCGCUCGCAAGUCGCUAGACCCGCUGUACAACCAGGUGCUGCUGUUUCCUGAGAGUCCCCAGGGCAAAGUCCUGCAGGUGAUCGUGUGGGGGAACUACGGGCGGAUGGAGCGGAAGCAGUUCAUGGGUGUGGCCCGCGUGCUGCUGGAGGAGCUGGACUUGACCACCCUGGCCGUGGGCUGGUACAAGCUCUUCCCCACCUCCUCCAUGGUGGACCCAGCCACAGGCCCCCUGCUCCGGCAGGCAUCCCAGUUGUCCCUUGAGAGCACCGUGGGGCCCUGUGGCGAGCGAUCUUAGUGCCGGGGAUGGGGAGGGGCUCCCCGAGAUGGCUGGAGACCACCCAGCCCUGACCUGGGACCCCAGGCCCAGGGGCACAUUGAACAGAGGAGGAUGGGGUUCUCCCCCACAGCGGGGGAAGCAGAAUGGGGAGACCUGCCCCCCUCGGGCCCCUCCUCACCUUUCUUUGCCUCCUCCCCGAGACCUUCCCUCUCCCAGCGGGCUGGCGCACUUUGACUUGGCUGGCCUUGACCUGGUGGAUGCGGCUGCGGUCGGAAGAAGACGGAGGUGGCAGAGCAAACCCCCCACCUGCCCAAACACUGUCCCACCUCUUCCCCUUUUGCCCCCUCGGAAGCUGCUGCCCAGAGCCAAGUCGAGGACCCAGCCGGCCAUCUCCAUGGUGCCAAUUACCAGCAAGUGUCUUUCCUGCGGCACCGGGUUCAGGCAGGACACUGCCCCAGAGCCGACCGGGCAGCUUCGCAAGGAUCCGGAGCCAGCUCCUGGGGCCCACAACCCCCACUUGAAGAGGAGCUUGGGCCUCCCUCUGCCUGCCCGUGGAAGGAGCUUUGCCGCAGCUGUCCGAGUCAAUCUGUCCAUCCCCUCCUGCCUGCCCCUCUUCUGGUGGCUCUAGGAAUGGAGGUCCAGCAGGAACUGAAGGAAAGGAGGCAAGGGGACCCUUUGCUCCAUGGCACUGUGACAGACUCGUCUGGGAACUGUGGGUGGACUGGAAGGACACUGUCACCUGUGUUUUGGUAGAAGUGCUGUGGGACCCUGAGGUUCCAGAACCCCUGCCCAGGGAGAUCGCCGUCUCAGCAUGUGGGGGAUGCUGGGUUGGAGGGGGCUUGGGGAAAGCUAGGAUUGGGACUGGCAGUGCCAUGGUAAGGGUUUCCAGUAGGGGGACCCUUCUUGUUGGAUGAGAUUGAAGGUCAUCUUUUCUACCCCUCUGCCUCAGUUUAGGGGUCUGGGGCGGCAUUAGAGCCCCCCGUUUUAGUCUUUGUCAGUCAUCCUGCACUGAAGGCACAGCCCCUUGGUUCCCUUGAUCGUCUUGGUUCAAGGGAAGGAGUGGGAUGCUGCAGGGGCUGAGAUUUGGGAGCCUGGGCAGCUGCCUUCCCUGCUGGGCCCCGAGCCCUUUCGCAUGCCAGGGAGGCCUCUGGAGGCCGCAGGCUGGCUGGUCUGUCUUUAUAGAAGCACAUUUCCGCCACCUCCCCGAGGCCCGGGCAGCCUGCCUUCCUCUUCACCUAGUCCCUGCGGGGUAGGGCGUAGUCCAGUUAGCUGGUAGACUUAGUGUUCACACCCGGGGCCUGUUCCUAGCUCCGACUAGUCUUUUACGGGGUGGAGAGGAGACCCAAGGACUUUCCAGGAGCUCGUCUCCUGGCUGGCUGGGCCCUGUUGGUAGCCGCUGCUCCUCCUCCUCCCCUUCCUUCCUCUUGCUGUAGGGUCGUAGCUGAGCUGCCCGCUGUACUCAACGUUCUGAUUACUUGCCCUUGGUACUGAUUUUCUUUAUAAGGCACUCCUGAGGGUGGCCGAGCCUUGCCGAGAGGGCCUGGGCGCCAUCAGGGCCGCAUUUUCCACUGGGAACACCUGAGCUGUUCAGUUCCACCGAGGAUUGCUUCCACGUGAAACUCUGGGUCCCUCAGUCUGGGUAGGCCCAGGGUGUCCUUUAAAAUUCUGGUUGCGUUCCAUCGCCUCCAUGGAACUUCUUAGUUGCACGGCAAGAAGCGCUGGAGAUGCUCCUCUUGUCCACGAGGCCUUCAGAACCUCUCAGGAUCGUGCAGGGGUGAAUCCUGAGGCUGGGGCCCGAGGGAGCAGGGCUCGUGGGCUCCCAUCUAAGGCCCACCAUCAGCCCCUCCCCCAUUUUUUUAAACAUUGUGAUUUCUCUGAUGUUUGUUUAUUAUACACCAUUUGAAAUAUUUUGAGCCAGGAGAGGAGAGAGGCUUCUCUUUCUAUCCAUCAUUGCUGUGGUUUUUUCAGGGGCCACUUUUCAAGGAUGGGGCAGAGCCUGGCUGUCCCAAGCAGAGGGGGAGGGAGCUCAUGCUGACUUGUCCUCCCCUCUCCAUCUGAGCCCUCCCUUGGGUGUCUGCAGAGCCUUGGGGUGGGGGAGGGAG